AUGCCCGCAGUCGGAAUUGUCAACGGAGUAGGAAGAAGGGAAUAUCCCGGUAACCUCACUCCUUACGUCACCGUGACGUGUAUCGUCGCCGCCAUGGGUGGUCUCAUUUUCGGUUACGACAUCGGAAUCUCCGGUGGAGUGACAACUAUGGAGUCGUUUCAGGAGAAGUUCUUCCCGUCGGUAUACAAGAAACAACAGAACGAUCACGAGUCGAGCAAAUACUGCAGAUUCGACAGCAUUUCUCUCACACUCUUCACCUCCUCUCUCUACCUCGCCGCUCUCUGCUCCUGCGUCGUUGCCUCUCACGUCACCCGGAAGUUUGGCCGGAAAUUUUCCAUGCUUCUCGGCGGAGUUCUCUUCUGCGCCGGAUCUCUCCUUAACGGAUUCGCAACCGCUGUGUGGAUGCUCAUCGUUGGCCGUUUGUUACUCGGUUUCGGUAUCGGCUUCACCAAUCAGUCCGUACCGUUGUAUCUCUCGGAGAUGGCACCGUAUAAAUUCAGAGGAUCACUAAACAUUGGAUUUCAACUCUCAACCACCAUCGGCAUCCUCGUCGCCAACGUCUUAAACUUCUUCUUCGCAAAGAUUCGCGGCGGAUGGGGUUGGCGGCUAAGUCUCGGCGGCGCCGUCGUUCCCGCUCUUAUCAUCACCGUCGGCUCCCUUUUCCUCCCGGACACACCCAAUUCCAUGAUCGAGCGAGGUCAAUUUGAGCUAGCCGAAAAGAAACUCCGUAAGAUCCGAGGCGUCGAUGACGUUGACGACGAGAUCAACGACUUGAUCGCCGCCAGCGAAGCUUCCAAGCUCGUGGAGCAUCCAUGGCGGAACCUGUUGCAGAGGAAGUACAGACCGCAUCUAACGGUGGCGAUUCUGAUCCCUUCUUUCCAGCAGCUCACCGGAAUCAACGUCAUCAUGUUCUACGCGCCGGUUCUGUUCCAGACGAUCGGAUUCGGUAGCGACGCGGCUCUGAUGUCGGCGGUAGUGACCGGUGUGGUUAACCUCGGAGCCACUAUGGUCUCAAUCUACGGCGUCGACAAAUGGGGAAGACGAUUUCUCUUCCUUGAAGGAGGAUUCCAAAUGCUGAUUUCUCAGGUAGCUGUUGCGGCGGCAAUCGGAGCUAAGUUCGGCGUCGAUGGAAACCCAGGACAUCUACCAAAAUGGUACGCCAUUGUUGUGGUCUUCUUCAUAUGCAUCUACGUGUCGGCGUUCGCUUGGUCGUGGGGUCCACUUGGAUGGUUAGUCCCGUCGGAGAUUUUCCCGCUGGAGAUUCGAUCGGCGGCUCAGAGCUUAACGGUGUCGAUGAACAUGAUCUUCACGUUCGUAAUCGCACAAGUGUUUCUGAUGAUGCUUUGCCACAUGAAAUUCGGGUUGUUCAUAUUCUUCGCCUUCUUCGUGGUGGUGAUGUCGAUUUUCGUCUACUUUUUCUUGCCGGAGACGAGAGGUGUACCGAUCGAAGAGAUGAACCAGGUCUGGAGAUCUCAUUGGUAUUGGUCAAGCUUCGUUGACGCCGAUGAGCCUGCUCGUGUAGAGAUGGGCAAACUUAACUAA